AUGACGCCUCCGACGGAAAGCAUCCCCAUCAUCGACUUCUCGCGCUCGACGACCAACCUCGCCGCGCUCGCCGAGGAGAUCAAACAAGUGUGCGCGACAUGGGGGUUCCUGUACCUGCAGAACCACGGGCUCCCGCAAUCGCACAUCGACCGCAUGUUCGACAUCAGCGCGACGUUUUUCAAGACGACGCCGCGGGCCGAGAAGGCCUCGACGCCAUGGAACAGUCUGGUCAACGCGGGCUACGACGCCCAGACGGGCACCGAGGGCUAUUUCCACGAGAACGGCGCGCACGACCGGCUCUCGGCCGUGGACGAGAAGGAAGUCUUUGUGAUCCGCAAACAGGGCUCGUACGAGCAGCCCAUGCCGCCGUCGCUACAGAAAUUCAACCCGGCCAUCCAGACCUUCAUGGCCGAGGUGCACGAGAAGAUCGCCGUGCCUUUACUCUCGUGCCUGGGCGUCGGCCUGGGCCUUGCGCCCGAUCACCUGCCUCUGUUGCACCAACACGCCAGCCCGUCCAUGACCACGCUGCGUCUGAUCCACUACCCGGCCCUCCCGCCGGCCGAUAACGCGCCCAUCCGGCUGGCCUCGCACACCGACCAAGGCGUCAUCACCAUCUUGUUCCAGAACCAGGUCGCCGGUCUCCAGGUCCGUCCGCCAAAGUAUACGGGUCCCAUACGCGACGAUGAAGAAUGGCUGGACGCCCCCGUCAUCCCGGGCGCCGUGUUGAUCAACAUCGGCGAAACAAUGACCUUCUUCUCGGGCGGGCUCAUGAAGAGCACCCUGCACCGCGUGGCCCGGAGUCCGCUACCCGAACAGCAGGGCAAGGACCGCUUCUCCAUGGCUUACUUCUGCCAUCCGAACAUGGAUACCCUGUUAGAGGUCCUCCAGGGCUUGGAGGGCAAGGAGGGAGUACAGCCGCGGGAAGCCCCAAUCAGUUGCGUCACGGGCCAGAAGGUGAGGACGGUGAAAGACUGGAUCGAGCAUCGGCACUCGAUGGGGCGCUUGGCCACAGUGAAAUAA